AUGGCAGAGGCGCACAGUAUUGCGGCGCUGUCCGUUUCGUUAACACAUGACGGUAUAUCAGUAUCUUAUGAUCAAGAAUUGCUUAAUGAAAUUUUACAGUCAUUUUUCCGAGCCUACAAAAAGCGUGUGGCACGUUUUAAGGUUAUCUUACAUGUGUUAUCAAAAAGUGGCCUGAUGUUACAUUCAUUUCAAGGAGCUUUGCCACAUUUGCCAUUACCGCGACUAGACGAUACCCUUGAUAAGCACCUUUGUACGAUGCGUCCAGUAUGUACAGAUGAAGAAUAUGAUGAACUAGUUCAGCUUACAAAAAAAUUUCGUAAUGGAGUGGGGCGGCAUUUGCAGUGGUACCUAAUUAUUAAAUCUUUCCUCUCGAUCAAUUACGUAGCAGAUUGGUGGGAAGAAUUUGUUUAUUUGCGACAGCGUUCUCCAAUAAUGAUUAAUAGUAAUUAUUAUGGUAUGGAUUCAUUCGUAGCACAUCCGACGCAUAAUCAAGCCGCUCGUGCUGCUACGGUGACCUGGGCAGCACUUUUAUUUCGGCGAAUGAUAGAACGGCAGGAAAUAAAACCGUUUUCGUUCUUAUCACACUACAAAAUACCGUUUUGUACCGCUCAGUAUGAACGAUUGUUCAAUAGUUGCCGCGUGCCUUGUGUGGAAAAGGAUAAGUUUUAUCAUUGGAGUGAUGCGAAACAUGUUGCAGUGUAUUGUCAUGGUCAUUGGUAUCGUCUUGCUAUUCAUAAUGGAAAAAGGUUAUACGAACCAUGCGAAUUGCAAAAAGGUUUUGAAGCAAUACUGAAUGAGGAAGUCAAUUCAGAUGCUGAAAAAAGUUACAUUGCUGCUUUAACAGCCGGUGAUCGAGAUGUGUGGGCGCAAGCACGCAGAAAUUACUUUACUUCCGGAAUCAAUCUACUUUCGUUGCAUGUAGUAGAAAAGGCUGCAUUUGUUGUUAUACUGGAUGAUAAAGAAGUUUUCUAUGACUCCAAUGAUUCGUCGAAAUUGGAUUAUUGGGCUAGCAGCUUAUUGCAUGGUACUGGAUGUGAUCGUUGGUUCGAUAAGUCAUUCAAUCUAAUUAUUUUUAAAAAUGGCCGUUUUGGUAUUAAUGCUGAACAUUCUUGGGGCGACGCAGCAGUGGUGGCUCACUUAAUGGAAUUUUGUGCUAUAAAAACAAUUUGUGAGUAUAAUUACGAUGAAAAUGGAAAUACAUAUGGAACAGUUGAGUCGAUUCCUAAAUAUGAUCGAUUACAAUGGGAUAUUACUCCUGAAUUAAAU